UAAUGUAGAUCUUUUCUUGUUUGCUUCUUAAACAAGCUACUCUUGAAAGAUGGCACCAGCUGCUCCAAGAGAAGCAGGAGUAUGGAGGCAAACGAGAGCUCUCCUAUUCAAGAACUGUCUUAUUAAGUGCAGGACUAAAAAGAGCAGCGUUCAGGAGGUCCUGUUCCCACUCUUCUUCUUGUUCUGGCUCAUUCUGAUGAGCAUGAUGCACCCGCAUAGGAAGUACGGUGAGGUGGCCAACACCAACCUCGGCACCCUGGAUACCUCCAUGCUGGUGAAUUUCAUCAUCGGGUACACACCACCGACCCGGAUGGCGAGGGAAAUCAUGAAGAAAGUGGCUUUUGAUAACUUUGAAGAUGGUAUCAUCACCGAGGAGUAUUUAAGUGAAGAGGAGCUGCAAGAGGCCAGUGCUUUUAAACCCUCAAACUUUGUGGGUGUUGUGUUCAAUGAUGCCAUGUCCUACCAGCUGAGGUUCCACGAUUCGGUCGCUAUGUCUUCCAUCUACAUGGAAUCGAGAGCCAGUUGUUCCAACCUGCGGAAAGGAUGUGAAUCAGUGAUGUACUGGAGCUCGGGGUUUAUAGCUCUGCAAGCCUGCAUCGAUGCUGCAAUCAUACAGCUGAAGACCAAUCAAUCUGUUUGGGAGCAACUUGAAUUUACAAGAGCCGUGGUUAUGGGAGAGGCUGCAGUGGUGGAAAUAGAUAAUUUUCCCCGUGCCAUCAUUUUAAUUUACCUGGUGAUCGCUUUCUCACCGUUCGGGUAUUAUCUGGCCAUUCAUAUCGUGGCAGAAAAGGAAAGGAAGUUGAAGGAGUUCUUAAAAAUAUUGGGACUUCACGACACUGCCUUUUGGCUUUCUUGGGUGCUGCUUUACAUGAGCCUGAUUUUUGUCAUGUCCAUUCUUAUGGCGGUGAUUGCAACAGCCUCUUCCCUCUUUCCCCAAAGCAGUGCCUUUGUGAUAUUCUUACUUUUUUUCCUGUAUGGAGUCUCUUCAGUUUUCUUUGCACUUAUGCUGACACCUCUCUUUAAAAAGUCAAAACAUGUGGGCAUAGUGGAGUUCUUGGCGACGCUGGCUUUUGGUUUUGUGGGCCUUAACAUUGUCCUGCUGGAAGAUUUCCCCAAGUCUUUCGUGUGGAUCCUCAGCCCCUUGUGUCAGUGCAGCUUCUUGAUCGGCAUCGCGCAGGUCAUGCAUCUAGAAGAUUAUGAAGAUGGUGCAACGUUUUCUAAUCUAAGUCACGGUCCCUACCCGCUCUUCAUCUCUCUCAUUCUGUUGGUGCUGGAUAGCAUCUUUUAUCUGCUUGUAGCUGUCUACCUGGAUCAGAUUAUGCCAGGGGAGUUUGGACUGCGCCGCACGCCAUUCUUCUUCAUGAAGCCCUCCUUUUGGUCCAAGCACAGAAAGAACUACAAGGAACUAUAUGAGAGCAGUGUCAAUGGCAGUUUAAGCUUCAGUGAGAUAGUUGAACCCGUGCCUUCGGAGUUCCAGGGGAAGGAAGCCAUCAGAAUCAGCUGUGUUCAGAAAACAUUCAGGAAAAAGGGGGAAACUGUGGAGGCUCUCAGAAAUUUAUCCUUUGACAUCUAUGAAGGUCAGAUCACGGCUCUGCUUGGGCACAGUGGGACGGGGAAGACGACGCUGAUGAACAUCCUCUGUGGGCUGUGUCCACCAACAGACGGGUUUGUUUCAGUCUAUGGGCACAAAGUCUCUGAAAUCGAUGAGAUGCUCGAAGUGCGACAGAUAGCGGGGGUGUGCCCUCAGUCUGACAUCCACUUCGAUAUACUAACUGUGGAGGAGAACCUCUCCAUAUUUGCUGCAAUUAAAGGAAUCCCUCAGAAUGAUUUGAUACAAGAGGUGCAGAAAGUGCUGUUGGAUUUGGAUAUGCAGCCUAUCAGAGACAACCAAGCUAAAAAAUUAAGUGGGGGGCAGAAGAGGCGGCUGUCGGUGGGGGUUGCUGUUCUUGGUAACCCAAAGGUUUUGCUGCUGGAUGAGCCGACUGCAGGGAUGGAUCCGUGUUCACGGCACAUCGUCUGGAACCUCCUGAAAAACAGGAAAGCGGAUCGUGUGACGGUUUUCAGCACCCACUUCAUGGAUGAGGCGGAUAUCCUCGCUGAUCGGAAAGCUGUGAUUUCUCAAGGGAUGCUAAAAUGCCUUGGAUCCUCUCUCUUUCUCAAAAGCAAAUGGGGAAUUGGCUAUCGCUUGAGCAUGCACAUCGAUGCCUAUUGCAACACAGAAGCUACAACCUCUCUGAUACGACAGCACAUCCCUGCAGCCAGCCUGCUGCAGGAGAACGAUGAGCAGCUCGUGUACACGCUGCCGCUGAAGGACAUGGACAAGUUUGCAGGUUUGUUUUCUGACCUCGACACCCAUACCCACCUGGGCGUUAUCACCUAUGGCGUUUCAAUGACGACGCUGGAGGAUGUCUACCUGAAGCUGGAGGUUGAGGCAGAGAUUGAUCAAGCAGAUUACAGCGUGUUCAAUUCCCAGCAAGUGCAGGAUGAAAUGGAUGCAAAAUCCCUGGACGAUAUGGAGCAGAGCCUCCUGAUGCUGUCGGAGACGAAGGCACCAGCAAUGAGCAACACAGCCCUCUGGAAGAAGCAGGUUGCCACCAUAGCAAAAGUUCAUUUCCUUAGUCUCAAGCGGGAAAAUAAGUGUGUGAGAGUGAUGUUGUUGCUUUUCCUGAUUUUUCUUGUAGUUCAGAUUUUAUUGUUUUUCAUACAUCACAUCAUCAAGAAUUCCAUCGCUGCCAUCAAACUCUCCCCUGAUUUGUACUUGCUGAAGCCCGGAGAGAGCUCUCACAAGUACAGGAGUAGUCUCCUGCUGCAGAACUCCACAGAAUCUGGUAUUGAUGACAUUGUCCACUCUCUUGGGAGCAUGAACAUCCUCCUGGAGAUGUUCAAUGACAGCGAUUACGUCUCGGUAGCACCUCACAGCGCAGCUUUAAACGUGCUUGAUCUUGCAUCCAGACAGAACUAUGUUUUCACGGUCAUAUUCAACAGUACCAUGGUGCAUUCCCUGCCCGUUUUGAUGAACAUCAUCAGCAAUCUACUCCUGCGCAAUUUAAACGUGACAGAGAGCAUUCAGAUCUGGAGCAACCCCUUCAUUCAGAACCUUCCAGACACAAUUUUCAGGCUGGAGAUCUAUUUUGAAGCUGUGUUGCUGGGAAUCAUCAUAACUGGAAUGCCACCCUAUUUUGCCAUGGAUAAUGCAGAAAACCAUAAGAUCAAGGCAUACACACAGCUGAAGAUAGCAGGGCUUUACCCCUCUGCUUACUGGACUGGGCAAGCUGUGGUUGACCUCCCGCUGUUCUUCUCCAUCCUUACCCUGAUGAUAGGCAGCCUCUUCGCCUUCCACUAUGGUGUUUAUUUCUAUGUGGGCAAGUUCCUUGCUGUGAUUUUCUGCCUGAUAGGUUAUGUCCCAUCAGUCGUGCUCUUCACUUACGUGGUCUCCUUCACCUUUAAAAAGGUCCAGAAUACAAAGGAAUUUUGGUCAUUUAUAUUUUCAGUGACAGCCUUGCUCUGUACUGUUGUCACUGAAGUGGCCUUUUUUCUGGACUAUUACCUGAUAACCACUGUCCUGCAUUAUGUCUUCUCCAUCUUCAUUCCCAUUUACCCCCUUAUUGGCUGCCUGAUUUGUUUUAUAAAGGUCUCCUGGAAAGGCAAGCGGAGGAACGGCGGAUACUACGACCCAUGGGACCGGCUCCUGGUAGCAGUUCUAGCUCCCUAUUUGCAGUGUGUGGUGUGGCUCUUCCUCCUGCGGUGUUUCGAGCUGAAGAAUGGAGGGAGGACAGUGAGAGAAGAUCCAUUUUUCAGAAAGUGCUUUACAAAAGCCAAAACCUGGAAGUUUCCAGAUGUGCCACGUGAUGAGAAUGAAGAUGAAGAUGUGAAGGCAGAGAGGCUGCGAGUACAAGAAGUGCUGAGCAGCCCCAAAAGUGAGGAGAUGCCAGCAAUCCUGGUCAGCAGCUUGCACAAAGAGUUUGAUGAGAGGAAGGAAUUUCUGCUGGGGAGAAAAAUAAAGAAAGUGGCAACAAAACAUGUUUCUCUCUGCGUAAAGAAAGGGGAGAUCCUGGGUUUGUUAGGACCCAAUGGAGCUGGGAAAAGCACUUUGAUUAAUAUGCUCGUUGGAGAGAUUGAGCCAACCAGCGGGCAAGUUCUGAUGGGAGAUGAUGCUUUUGGCCUGCCCAGUGAAGACGACUCAGUGAAAUUUGUGGGCUACUGUCCUCAAACAAACCCUCUUUGGCCAGAUAUUACAUUGCAGGAACACUUUGAAAUUUAUGGUGCUAUCAAAGGAAUGAGUCCAUCUGAUGUUAAGGAAGUCAUAAAACGCAUCUCAAGCGCCCUGGAUUUAAAAGAUCACCUGCAGAAGACAACAAAGAAGCUGGGAGUGGGUCUAAAGCGCAAGCUGUGCUUUGCUCUCAGUAUGCUGGGCAACCCGCGGGUCACACUCUUGGAUGAGCCCUCGACUGGGAUGGAUCCAAAAGCCAAGCAGCACAUGUGGAGGGCCAUUCGAGCAGCGUUUAAAAAUAAGGAGAGAGCAGCAAUCCUGACCACUCACUACAUGGAGGAGGCGGAUGCUGUCUGUGACCGUGUGGCCAUCCUGGUGUCUGGGCAGCUCAGAUGUAUAGGUACGGUCCAGCACCUGAAGAGUAAGUUUGGCAGAGGAUACUUCUUGGAAAUGAAACUAAAAGAAACAGCAGAUGUACAGCAGGUGGAGUAUCUGCAGAGCCAGAUUCUGCACAUCUUCCCGAACGCAAAUCGCCAGGAAAGUUUUGCUUCUAUUUUGGCAUAUAAAAUUCCUAAAGAAGAUGUACAGUCACUUUCACAUUCUUUUUCCAAGCUGGAAGAAGUAAAACACGCCUUUAACAUUGAGGAGUACAGCUUUUCUCAGGCAACACUGGAACAGGUUUUUGUGGAGCUUGCUAAAGAGCAGGAGGAGGAGGACAGCGCCUUUGGCACCCUGAACAGCACACUGUGGUGGGAGAGGACACAGGAGGACAGAGUUGUUUUCUGAGCUCCUCAUGGCCCAGACCUGGGCAGCCGGUGUGUUGUGCCAGCAAUGAUCCUCUGUGCAGACAUCAGGGCAUGUGUGGGGGAAACACCCGAGCUGGGAUGGAGAAGGAAGUUGUGUCUGGAAGCACGGAGCACAUUGCACCAUCCUGGCCUUAGGAAUAUCGCCGCAGUGGUGGUGAGCAUCCCCACUGUUGUUCUGGCUGACCUGGAAUUCCUCCUUCCUUUGCUGUUUCCCGGUUUGCAUUGAGCAAGAAGAUGCUGCCACGACAGUCGGUCAUCUCCUGGUGUUGGUGGCUUGAGCAGGAGCACCAGCCUGCCUUCCUCCCUCAGCCGUGCUGUGCUGAAGUUGGGAUCCUUACUGGAGAUCCUGCAUCUGAGCUAAACCAGUUGCUGUUGGAGCAUCCUGCCCUGUGGGACCUGCUCACUGGGUAUUGCCUUGCCCCAUGCCCUUGGCUGGGUAUUGCUGCCUGCCCAACGAGGUGCCAUGCAGACACAUACCCCUGCAAGGUCCUGUUCUCCCACCGGUAGCUCCGUCCCUGCUUAUGCUUAGACGAUGCACCUACUUAUAAGAGAAGGGCAAAGCCACUCCAAAGUAAUCUUAUUCACUGCAAAGAGGGUCCUGAAUUCCACUGCGAGCUUAGCUUGGUAUCCAACCAAUGUGAAAAUGUUCCUUUACACAUAUAAUAUGGCACUUGUUGGCACACAUACUCCUUCCUCUUAGCAGCUGUGGAUGAUUCCUGCUGCUGAUAUGGGAGGCACUGGUGUUUGUAAUGCAUGCACUGUAGGGUUCAGGGGGUGUACAGAAGUGGAUGCUUGCUUUCCCCUGCUUGGUGAGAGUACAAAGACAUAACUGUGUAGCUACGGGGUUUGCAGAGCUGUGAGUAUUCCCUUGUCUUCAUUACAAAGUCCUAAUUCUUUUGUUGGGUGUAACAACAUGUAUCCUGCCAGUUGCUUUUAAAGACAGUCCUUCUUAGAUGUCUUCCUUUUCCUUGACAGUGAUUUCAUAAGUACAUGCAACAGUAUUUCCUAAUCCGUCUUUGUUGUGAUAGCAGUAAGUAAUGCAGCAGUGUGCUCAGCACAGGAACGUUUGCUUUGUCUUAGAAGCACUAAGAAAAGCAGGAUAGGUGGUCCUUUAGCCUAAGGUAUGGCAGAUGUAAGAAAAUAUAUAUAUAUAUUUUGGUUUUCUACACAAAGCUGUCAUCACUUCUUUUAGUUUUAUAACGUAAAAUUAAAGAUUGCUAACAGUUCAUUGUGUUCUGCAAUGAAUAGAUACAGAGAUGCAUUUAUAUCAAGACACUGGCUUCAUAAGUCAUAUCAAUUAUGCAUCUUCGCAUUAGAGGUAGAAAAGACCUUUGUUUUAAUUGCAAACAUUCAAGAAACUAUGGGUUAAGGCAGAGUUGUGUGUCCCAGCUGUUUGUAUGUAUCAGGCAAUAAUGUAUGUUAUAUGUCUGAUAGUGAUUUGUCAGCAUAUUGAGCCCAAACCUGUUGUCAUUAGUUUCUUACUUUACUAUGGGGAGAUGUGACCUCUUUAUGUACAACCUUUGCUUCCUCUUCUGUACCCGUAGAGUGCAUCAACAUGUUCAGAUUUUGUUCUGUAGUUAACAUUUGAGCCCAAGAACUGCAGGAACACGUGGACAUCCCAUCUGCUUCCCCAGGGGAAGGUCCAGAGCACAGACCAUGAACCUUGCUGUUUUGUGGAGCCCUCAGCCAUGGUAUUUGCGUAUGCCCUAAUCUCCUGUGCUGGAAACAGAAUGGAGGUAAAGAAUGGGAUUAAAGCACCAGUCUGUAAACUGCAGCUCCAGUUUCAACCUUUCUAGGGGUGAGGCUUCCCUAUAAGAAAACUAAAAUGACCAAAAUUCAGCUCUUUUAUUUAGCUCCUAGGAACCUCCAUCCCAUUGCUCCCAACUGCAUCCCUGCUGCUGCCAUCUCUGAGCAUUUUCCUUUAUUUGGAGCAAAGGGGGGACCCAGAAUUUUGUCUUCAGAUGCUUUCCCAUGUAUGUACAUACAAGCUAGGUGUCUUCUCCAAAUCCCACCUUUCUUACUUCCAUCUCCCUUUUAAUGGUGUUUCAGCUGUUGUGUGCACAUCUGUCCAACAAUGUACAGCACUAUGAACUUAGCAAAGUACAACUGUGACCUGUCAGCCUUGAUGCCUUCUUUUAACUUUAAGUUAAAGUCAAAGUUAAUAGUCUGUAAAAUAGCUCUGGACUGUCUGGAUAACAUCACCCUACUUCAAAUGCUUUCUUAUUUUCUAAUGUUUCAAUUGGAUCAUAAGAAAGCUUCUAUUAGCAGCAUUAUUUGCUCAGCUUGGUACUGAUCUUGUUUAUUCUGGAGUAACCCAGGUGAUGGUGGCACUGUAUUUAUGCAGCUACACAUCCAAAGAAUUUGGCUCCUUAGAUGUGUGUUUGGGUGGGAUCUUUUUGGUGUGGGGACAUAGAGUCAAUGUGGGACAAGAUGCCACCUCAAACAUUGAUGUAAUCCUAGUGGAUUGUAUCAGAAGUCUUUCGGAGUGUCACACGAUGGCUGUAGUUGCCAGAAUUGGGGAAAACACAUGCAAAGUUACAUUCCCAGGGGAUUCUCUGGUUGGAGAGCUUUAUUCCUGCAAUUUUAAGUCCCUUUGUUCACGCCAGAUCGCAGCCGCACAAUUUACACACCCAGGUUGAGCUCUAGCAGAUAAAACUGAGACAUCGCAGCUGGAUUUAGGCUGACUGUGGGACUUGGAGUAAAUCAGUUCAGUUUAUGCCACUGUUACCGGUUCCAGUGGGUUCCACACCUUGCAGGGUGGUUGUGAGAGAUAGUUAUCCAAAGCUUGGAAGAUGUGUUUGCUUUGUGCUGUUAUUAUAAGGUUGUAUUUUUCUAUGGAGGAAUUGAAUGUGUCUGAUUUCAUUUAUGUCCCCAAGAAAAGCCUUUCUUUAAAAAGCUCUCUGUAUAGAAAGUGAAGCCUAUUGUGUAGACAACAUCCAGUACUCUGGUAGCAGACACAGAAGGUGUUGGGUCUGAAGGUGAAACGGUGGUAACGCUCCUCCUGAUGUUGCUGUUGGGCGCUUUGAGUCAUUGUGAGUUUAAUUUAUCCACUUGUGUGUCUUUUACCACUUUGUUGUGUUUGUAAGGUCGAGGUUUUUCCUUUUCCAGCAAAAAGUACUACCAAAAUAAAGAUGGAUUGGAUUGUUAAA